UUAACAUUUGUCACUAUAAAAGGUGUGUCAACACUGACUGAAGUAAACAACAAUUAAUAUUGUUCUAAAAUGACCAAAGCAAAUAAAACGCCACAAAAAACAAGUGAAGCCAAUAUAAAUGCCUCGCUGACACCAAUUCGAUUUCUGGAUAGCCCCCGCCUGCAAUCUCCCACAAGUCACGAUUCGAAUUUGGCCAACUGCAAAACGAGGUUAGAGACUAUUGUUAAACAACUUCAGGAUAACUACACCAAAUGGCAAUUAGCCCAGCAGAGAGGCACCUCCAUUUGCUUUUCCAUCGAGGCGAAGAAAACAAAGUGCCUGGAAAAACCGCAGGACGACGCAAACACCACUUAUCCGGAUGAUCUGAUCCUGCCCUGCAACAAACUGGCCAUUAUAGCAUCGAUAUUUGGAGAUAUAGCCAAUAAUUCAAAGGAAAUUCUAAGACAACUCAGAGCUAUAUGUAAAUUGCCAGGCGCUGCAGUGGACACGAUAUUCUACAGGUCCUGGAAGUUGUCACAAUUCGUUGCUUUUUGCAAAGAACUAUCCGAAAGAUAUGAGCAGGAAGUCUUAGUCAAAAAGGAAGUGGCAGAAAACAUUGCCCAUUCGACUGAAAGAAGCCAGCUGAUUGCGUACACUACUUUGUGGGAGUUUCCCGAGUACGUGGAUUCCUAUGUGCACUUGGGUUUUCUUCUACUCGCGGAAGAAGUUAAUUUAAAGCAAUAAAAAACAAAACAUUUUA